AUGUUUGAGUUUUCAACUCCCUUAAUUUCAAACCUGUCCUAUCAAUCUCAAAUAAAUGAUACAUUUGAAAGUUAUGAAGAAUUUGUAGAUAAAAUUAAGAAUUAUGCAUAUGAACUUCAUUUUACAAUUAUGCUUGGAAAGGUUGAAUAUAAUGGUUCUAGAAAAACAAAUUCUAAGGAAUCCAAAGAGAAUUCUUUAACAAUUAUUGUAGAAAAAAAAUUAGAAAAAGAACAUUAUUAUGCUCUCGAGCUAGUCAUAUUGAAUCAAAAGAUAACUCAGAAAGU